UAUUUUAUUUAAAAUGAAAAUGUAAUAAUAAAAAAAAAAUAUAAAUAAUAUAAUAUCAAUUUAUUUUAUUAAAUAUACUAAAUAUAAUAAAUAUACUAAAGAUACUAAAUAUAAUAAAUGCAAUGUACAUGUAAUAAUAUAUGUAUACAACAAAAAUUUAAUUUAAGAGCAGGUAAACUAUUCCUAAUAAAUCUUUUUUGUUAAAUUCCAAUGAAUAAAUAUUUGUUUCUAUUAAUUUAUCUGUUCUCAUUAAUUUAUUAAAUUUUUUCUUCAUAUUAUUUAGAUUUCUCUACUCAUUGAAAAUAAAAAAUAUAAUAAAACAAAAUUUUAAAAAAUCCAUAUAAUAAUGCUUAUUUCAUAUUAAUCAUAUUCGUAUUUUAUGCUCUAUAUUAAUUCUAACGAAUAUCAAAUUUCGAUAUUACCAAUCUUAAUAUGUGUAUAUUAUAUUAUUAUUAAUAUGUUUAUAUUAUAUAACAAUUUCAAUAUUAUUGCAAUAAUCGUGCGAAUAUAUGUUGAAAGGAUAUUCCCCUAUAACCCCUUUCGCCCCACUCCUAUCUUUGAGCAAGCUCACCGCGAGCCGAUACCAUGGAUGCUGGACUAAAGCUUUGGACCAGAGCGGAGUUUGCAUCGAACUACGUUUCGUUAGAAAUACUAAAACACGAGCAUACGAACGAGCGUGUUCAAAAGGAGACGGAAAUCGAAUUAGAUGUGAGAAAAUCUGUCAAUUGUACAGUGCAAGUGGCAACUGAUUUUUAGGAAUUUCUAUUUUUUCCUUAUUUCUUAAUUGAGUUGUGCAAUUAUAUAUAUGAUACAUAUAUAUGUACAUAUAUACAUAUAUAUAUAUAUUUAUAUAUUUAUAUAAAAGAAAUUGAAAUUAUACAAGAGGUGCAUCUUUCAUUCGAUUAGAUUUACCAGAAUGUUGAAAUCCUUUAAUUUUUUAAAACUUUUAAUUCUUAUGAUACAUGGAAUAAGUGAAAAGCGUCGAGCUUAAAAGUUAUAAUUUCAGAAAUUGAACAAUGUUAGCAAAAGACUCGAUCUAUCAUGAACUGUGAAGAAAGUGAAAAUAGUAGAAGUACCGGAUAUCGAGAUGCGGUGCACGUUAACUGUCGUCUCAUUAGGAGUGCUUCUGGUCACAAGUGCUCACGGAGAGAAUACAGCCAAGAACGUUUUCGGUCAGUGUAUCUUCCCACUUGGUAUGGAGGAAGGAAAAAUUCCAGAUGAUGCGAUCACCGCUUCUUCUAGUUAUGAAACAAAAUCAGUGGGGCCUCAAAAUGCACGAAUACGACAAGAGAAAAAUGGCGGUGCUUGGUGUCCAAAAGCGCAAAUUAGCAGUGCGAUACGGGAAUAUUUGGAAAUUGAUCUAACGAGAGAUCAUCUAAUAGCAUGGACUGAAACUCAAGGACGGUUUGGUAAUGGUCAAGGCCAGGAAUAUGCAGAAGCCUUUUUUCUCGAAUAUUGGCGCGACACAAAAUGGCAUCAAUAUAAAAAUUUGAAGGGUGACAGAGUUUUACGUGGCAAUAGUAACACUUAUUUAGUCGAAAAGCAAAAAUUAGAUUUACCAUUCGUCGCGAGCAAAGUUCGAUUCGUACCUUACAGUCAACAUCCACGGACGGUUUGUAUGCGAGUUGAAAUUUACGGAUGCAUAUGGGAGCAGUAUGUCGCGAGUUACAGUAUGAUUAAAGGAUCAAUUCUUGGUCCCGGAGGGAAAAAUAUUGAAGAUUCAUCGUAUGAUGGUAUUGAAAUUGACUCUCUUCUUGUAAACGGCCUUGGUCAACUAACGGAUGGUAUAUUAGGUGAAGUUUCCGAAAUUCUCACCUCUUCGACAAAUGGUACAAACUGGGUAGGCUGGUCAGACCGCACUACUGUUCAGAUUAUUUUUUCUUUUCAAGAGUUACGAGAAUUCGAAAAUUGUUCUGUACAUGUUGCGCGUAUACCGGAACUAGAAAUUGAGACAUUUUCACUAAUGCAUAUUUGGUUUUCCUCUGAUGGAGAAAACUAUGAAUCAGAAGCAGAAAAAUUGGUGGGUUUGAUCGAUGCUAGCUCGUCUGUUGCCGAAACAAUUUCGAUUCCUUUGCAAUCUAGAAUAGGACGAUUUGUAAAAAUGGAAUUCGAUCUUGCUGCGAAAUGGUUGCUGCUUAGCGAAAUCACCUUCCACACCGGUAGUAAGAGUAAAUCAAAUGAUUUGAAUAUUUUGAACGAUCGAUCAUUCGAAAUGGAUCAAAAUCAAAGCGAAUUACGAAUAAAAUCUAGUAACUCCUUGGACUCAAUAAUAUUGGGUUUUAAUGUAACAACACUUUAUGAAAUUCAUGAAAACAAUUCGACACCAGAUGCCUUUCCCGUUGGUACUUCCCAAACAUAUAUUGGACUUGUUAGCGGUUUACUGACAGUGUUUGCUCUUUUUUUAACUUGUACAGCAUUCUUGAUCAAACAAAGAGGUCGUAACAAAGUAGCUUUGUUACAAAAGCAUACGGCUCUACUCUGUGAUUCAUCUACACCGGGUAUUGCGAUCUCUCCGAAGGAUGUUAAACUUUCAAAUUCAAUCGUAACUGGAUUAUCAUUAAUUCGUAAACCUAUCAUUAUUGCUGCUUCUGAUAACUUGCCUACUCGAUCCAAUACAGAUUUACGAAGAGAUUCCCAAACUAGCGUGGCUGAUUCCGAAAAUAAUCGCAAUUCAACUUUAUACGAAAGAACGUAUAAUCUGUUCUCUGAAGAAAAUCUCGUAGUUACGAAAUCAAAUGUGUCCGCACGUAUAUCUGAAUCAUGUUCUGAUUUUAAAUGCAACUCGAGCUUUAUGACAAGCAAAUCUACGGAAAUUAUAGUUCCAUCUACAACAUAUUCAUCGAAAAAGAUAUUUUAUUCACAAUCAGGAAAAUUGAAUCAAAGAAAUUAUGAAGGAUAUUAUGCAGCAACGGAUAUUUUAACGAAGAAAAAAGAAACUUCAUCAACUUCGAGUCCUUUCACACCACUUCAAAUUCGUGAAAAAAGCCUAUGCUUACUACAUACCAUUGAAUCUUACAAUGUCCAACGUAUUUCUAGACAUAGAUUACGGAUUUUAGAUAAGCUUGGAGAAGGAAAUUUCGGUUUGGUCCAUUUAUGUGAAGCAAAAGGAAUUACCAAUCCGGAAAUAGAAGCGAUUCAAAAUCGACAAAUUGUAAUUGUUAGAUCUCUUUGGCGGGGAGUUGUAGAUUCCUUAAGAUUGGAUUUCACAAAAGAUAUGCACGUUUUGGCAAUGCUUCAAAAUUCGAACAUAGCGAAGAUGAUAGCUUUAGUAGAAGAAGAACCAUUCGGAGCUAUAUUCGAGUACGGUCAAUUUGGAGAUCUUCCUACUUUUUUAGAAAACCGUGAAAAUUUGGAUAACAAAGAAGAUAUUAGCUAUGGCAGCCGUUUAAGUUUUAUUAUCCAAAUUGCAUCUGGUAUGAAAUAUCUGGAAUCCAUGAAUAUUGCACAUUGUGAUUUAGCGGCUAGAAAUUGCAUCGUUUGUCUCGAUUUGAAAAUAAAAAUAUCCGAUCAUGCUAUAUAUUGUAAUAAAUAUGAUCAUCACUAUUUCAUCGAUGAACAUAAUAUAAAAAUUCCUCUUCGUUGGAUGGCAUGGGAAGCAAUUUUAUUGGGUAAACGUAGUUGUCGUGCCGAUGUUUGGUCAUUUGCUGUAACAAUUUGGGAAAUUUUUCAAAAUUGUAAAGAAAUACCAUAUGCAGAUUUAACAGUCACACAAAUUUUAGAAAACUAUGGUCAUUGGUAUCAAAGAGAAACGAGCAUCGAUAAAGAAUAUGAUGAUAAUAAUGAUAAAAGAAAUCAACUUCGAAUUCCUUCACAGUCUAAUCAUUGUCCGGAUAAUCUUUAUCGUAUAAUGAAAAAAUGUUGGAGCACACGAGUUGAAGAGAGACCUAGUUUCGAAGAAAUUCAUCUAUAUCUCGAGAAAUUAGCCUUCGAUUGAAUGUUCCAGGUACUCAUGAUUGAGUAGUACGGACCAAACGAUUACAAUCAGCCAAGAAGCAUCCUGUACAUAAAUUUCAGCUUUUUAUGUUGAUUUAUUCUUCUUCUGCUUCGUGAUUUUUUUUUAUUAAUUAAUAAUAAAUAUUCCUAAUGUAGCUUAUCAAAAAUAUAUCGUAAAACUACUUCUUUCCAUUAAAAAUAUCAGGAUGCUCUGGCCAUUAACUUUUAAUGCUCAAUUAGGUUUAUGUAUGAAUCAACUUUGCGCAUAUAUAUAUAUAUAUAUAUAUAUAUAUAUAUAAAAAUACAUAAUGUACAUGCGAGAGAGAGAGAGAGAGAGAGAGAGAGAGAGAGAGAGAGAGAGAGAGAGAGAGAGAGAGAGAGAGAGAGAGAGAGAGAGAGAGAGAGAGAGAGAGAGAGAUUUCCUGUGAACAAGAAACGCAAAGCUUUUUCAUAAAAGUUAUUGUUUUAUUUUUUCUAAUUAUUGAUUUUAACAUGCAAAAUAUUCUUCAAUUAAAUAUUGACUCUUCAUAACUAAUAUUAAUAUGCUUUCUCUCUAUAUGAAUGCAAAAUUGUAUAAAUAAAUUAAUAAAAUUUAUAUUGGUUUGGAGAAACAUGCAAAAAAAGAUGAAACAAAAAUAUAUAAUAUUAAUUUUAUAACGAAUUUGGUUUAGAAUUCAAAAAUUCAACAAGAUAAUUAACAUGAAAGAUAUUAUAUUUUAUAUGUAUAUGAAAAAUUUAAAAUAUGUUAUACUGCAAAUAUUAUAAUCGAUAAAACUGCCAAAUGAAUAAUCAUUAUUUAAGUACAUAUUCUGUUCAUAUCAAGAUAUUAGUCAUUCGUAAUAGUUUGUGCGCGUUACCACAAACCAAAUGGGACAAUCAAUAUUACAAAUAUCGUUUCAUAUUAUGCGAUAUGUGAUCUCAAAAUGUAAUUAUCGAUCGAUUUGCUAAUACUUACCGAAAACUAGGAUAUUAUGUCCAUAUGAUGCUAGUCAGAUUGUUGAUUGCUUGUAAAUGAAUCAACUUUUCAUCGUAUUGCGCGUAUAUGCACUAUAUAUAUAUACACAGGAACAUAAAUUUUUUAAAAUUUCUGAUUAUAGCGAUCGAAAUAUUUGUAAUACAAAUCAUACGUAUUCCAUUAAAAAUUAUAUUCUUCAUAUUUCCAACGUUACGGUGAAUAAAAAAAUUGUUAUAUACUACCUAAUAACUUCUAUUCUUGCUAUCAUAAUAACGGAGAAAAAAGCGUUUGAGAAAAAAUUUUACAUAUCAUUAUAAGUAUUUUCCAUCGAUAUUAAAGGAACGAUGUUUAAUUCUCGAUGGAAAUCAACAAGAGGUUGUUCCCAACGUUCCUCGAAAUAGAUACCCAAAAGAAAUUUUGCUUUAAUUCCUGUAUUAAUAGCCCAUGGAAGAUAAUGAUCAAGAUAUAAUUUUCUUUGUCUAAAAAAAAGAAUGAGAAAUUAAUUUUGAAAAUUAAUUAACAAAAAUGUAAAAAUAGUUAUACAUUAAUAUUAUACAUACAUCGCAAAAAUAUUUGGAUACUAUGUUAUCAUAUUGCUACAGAGAUUUGUUUAGAAAUUUCAAAUAAAAAUGUCUAAAAUUUUCAUUAAAAUCAGAAUUUUCACAUAAUGAAUUGUAAGAUAGGAUUCCAAUAUUUUUGCGAUUCAAUGUAUAUAAAUAUGCAUUUCAUUUUUACAUUUAAUUUACCUUGGACGCAAUCGAAAUGCUCCAAAUAUCGCUCCGUUUAAACACAUUGGCAAACGUAAUUGCAAUGCUUCUAUCCAUUUAACUGAUACUUCCCCGAGCAUUGUAGUUGGCAUCAAAAGUAUUGCAUGAUAAAUAUCAUGUGUUUCUCGAUAUCGUUGCAUUACAUAUGCCAAUUCAGUAUCUUGGACGAAUUUGACCAUAGUUCUAGAAUCGGGAGAUACAUUCUAUAACAAACAUAUAUAUUUUUUCAACACAUUUAUUUAUAAAAUCACUUACUAAAUGAAUAAAAUGAUAUACAUUAGA